AUGGCGCUUUUCGGGUCCAAUGCCGCUGCAGCGGGUGACGGGGCUCUUCAGCCCCGGUUGUCAACUCUAUCAACAAUGGCCAUGGCUUUUGCCAUUCUCAACACAUGGAUAGCACUUGCCGGUUCAAUAGGCCUUGUCUUGCCCUCCGGCAGCUCCGUGGCUCUAUUAUAUGGAUUCAUCUUCUGUGUCAUGUGCUGCUUUUGCGUAGCCGCAAGCCUUGGAGAGCUCAGUGCCAUCUGGCCAACCGCCGGAGGACAGUACCACUUUGUAUACGCCCUCUGCACAGAACGAUGGAGAAAGCCAAUGAGCUUUGUAGUCGGAUGGGCCAAUAUUGUAGGCUGGCUUGUCGUUGUAACUGUACAGGACUAUUUCGGAUCCCAGUUUAUUUCUGCCGCAGCAGUUGUGGCCUCGAACGGAUCCUAUCAAAUCACCGCGGCGAAGACUUACGGAAUAUUUGUUGCCAUCCUCGUCUUUACGACUGUGGCAAAUAUCUGGGGUAACAGGAUCCUAGGCAGAUGGAACGAUGCUGCUUUGUACUGGUCCAUCUUUGGAUUCGUCAUCAUCAGCAUUGUUCUGCUCUCCAUGUCAGACAAGACUAGCGCAGAGUUUGUCUUUACAGACUUCAACAAUGAGACUGGUUGGUCCGACGGCAUGGCCUGGAUCUUGGGCCUAUUGCAGUCCGCUCUCUCUCUCAUUGCAUUCGAUGUCGUUCUCCACAUGACAGAGGAGAUGCCAAAUCCAUCUAGGGAUGCCCCAAGAGCUAUGAUGUACUCCAUUGUCAUUGGUGGUGUCACGGGUUUCGGUUUCAUUCUAGUCAUCCUUUUCUGCCUUGUCGACGCCGAGACUGUCCUUGCCACAUCGACAGGUAUGCCUAUUGUCGAACUCAUCCUUCAGGCCACGAAGAGCCGAGCUGCCGCCACCAUUCUCAGCUUAAUGCUCGCUGUGUGCUUCAUCAACGGCACAAAUGCCAGUAUCACAAGUGUCAGCAGACUGCUUUACGCCAUGGCUCGUGACCGUGGCAUCGUGUUUCACAAUUACUUUGCUCAUAUUCAGGCUGGCUUGAACGUGCCAGUCCGAACCAUCAUGUUCUGCUUCGUCUUCAACAUCCUGUUUGGUCUUCUAUAUCUAGGACCGGCAGUAGCUUUCAGCGCAUACGUCGCGUCUUGCACCAUUUUCUUGAACGUCUCUUACUCGGUUCCCAUCAUUGUCCUCCUCAUCCGUGGACGCAAGGUGCUUGACCUUUACCAGACUCCAAAGACUCAUUUCAAGUUGGGUAGAGUCUUUGGUUACAUCUUGAAUGUUAUUGGAGCACUCUACGUGGUUAUUACUUCGAUUUUCUUCUGCUUUCCUACGUCACUUCCCGCCACCACGAAUACUAUGAAUUAUGUAUGCGCUGUGAUUGGCAUUUGGGCGAUAGUCGUUGCGGGAUACUGGUUUUUGUUUGGCAAAACGUUUUUGGGUCCGGUAAGUGAAGCUUGA